AAUAAUAACUAACAAGUAAAUGCAAAAUGGUAUGGAAACACAUAUAGUGAGACAAAAUGAAAUGAGUGAAUUAACUUUAAGCUCAUAUUUUUGUUUGUUAAGUUUUUAUUGCACCCUGGAAUUAAAGGUGCAGCAUUUACUUUAAAUGUGAAGCCUAGUAGGACAAAGUGUUGAUCAGUCAAUUAGCCCACAUUUGCAUUUGCAUGCAUUUUCCUUUUCACUACUGUUUUUACAGGGGCUUCAUUUUUAGAAAGCCACAUUUUUGGUCAUUGUGCCUGACAACAAAUGUAUGCUUGUGUGUGUGUGUGUGUGUGUGUGUGUGUGUGUGUGUGUGUGUGUGUGUGUGUGCGCAUAAGAUAGGCUGAGAGAGAGCAUUUAUUUUCCGUCUGUGUGUGUUUGCAUUUGCACACACUGAUUUGAAUCCUCCAGCGCAGUGGUUCAGAAUCCAUGUGUCAUUUCUUGCACAUUUUAGCUUUGAUCUGAAUCCGAGCCCUUCAAGCUUAACGUGACUUUGUGAUGCUUCUACGUCUUUGUGUGUAUGUGUGUGGUCGACACAUACAGGGAGAGGGAGAGAGAGCAGGGAUGGAUGCUGGGGGUAGAGUGGUGGGAAUAGGGGGGAAGAGAGAGCGUGUGUUAUAUUUUUAGCUCCACAGCCCCACAUCCAAGAGUGUCUAAUCGAGCGUGUGUACGAGUGAGAGAGAGAGAGAGGGAGAGAGAGAGAGAGAUGUGUCUGUGUGUGCAUGUGCGUGUGUGCAUGUUUGGAUUAGUGUCUCCAGCAUCUUGCUCAGGGGAAGGUAAUAUGCUUGUCCGAACGAGCUUCUUCUGUCACAUUCGUAUAGAUGGUUUAGAACUGUGGGGUGAGCAGGACUUGGGGGAGCAAUUGAGGGGGAAAAGAGCAUGAGACAGACUGACGGACAGAGAGAGAAGAGAGAGAGAGGGAGAGAGAUAACAGAGACAGAGAGAGAAGAGAGAAAGGGUAGAGGGAGACACAGUAGGAGAGAGGAUAGAAUGAAUAAGCAGUCUUUCUUUUCUACUUCUGGCAUUUGCAUCUCGAGCUGAUUACAUGCAUGCUUCCUCUCUUUCGCGCAUCUUUGUGUUUUUUCUGACCUGUCCGUCAUUCUUGUUUACAUAUUUCCCUCCCUUUGUCUCAGUGUCCCUCCCCCUCGUUCCAGUGUCCUUGCCUCCAGGUCCUCCCUGCACACUCCUCUCCGUCCUAUUCCCCUCGUACCUCCUAUUAUAUCCCUGCUCUUCUCCCUGCCUUCUCCCAAAUGUCUUCCUUUAUUAGUCAAUGACCCACUGAACCCUCUUUCGCUUUCUAAUCACUCUUAUUCCCAUGCAUGCCUGGAAACACUUGCAAACACACAUGCAUACACGUGCACUUACAUGCAGGCUCACUAACACAGCCACAGUUAGAGAGAAAACAUAAGACAGGAAGAUUUUUUUUUUUUUUGGUUUGUUUGUUUUUGCAAUGGGCAACUCUGUAAAGUCGCUUAAAAUUUUCACCAAGAAGACAUAUGUCUGUCAUCUAUGAUCCUCCUCUGAACCCUCCCUCCUUCCCAUCUCCAUGUUGGCUCCUUGUUGAAACAAUACCUCAACAAACUGAGUCACACUCUCUACCCCUGUCUUUGCCUCUUCAUCCAUAUCCGGCUACCCACCGGAUGCUUCUUCAGGACCAGAAGAAGAACUACAAAGCAGUGCAAUCCUGUGAGGAGGGGGGAUCUGGGGGGGCCUAUCUUGAGCCACUAGUAGCCCUGGCCCAGAAUGGAGCCAACAUGCACAACGUACUGGGGCCUGCAUGCAUCUUUCUACGCAAGGGCUUCGCUGAGAGCCGGCAGGCUGAUCGAGAGCUGAGGCCAGAAGAAAUGGAUGAGCUGCGCGAGGCCUUCAAGGAGUUUGACAAAGACAAAGAUGGGUUCAUUGGCUGUAAAGACCUGGGGAACUGCAUGAGAACUAUGGGAUACAUGCCAACAGAGAUGGAGCUAAUAGAACUGAGCCAGCAGAUCAACAUGAACUUGGGAGGACAUGUUGACUUUGAAGACUUUGUUGAACUCAUGGGGCCCAAACUUCUGGCUGAAACAGCAGACAUGAUAGGGGUGAAGGAGCUGAGGGAUGCCUUCAAAGAGUUCGAUACUAAUGGUGACGGCGAGAUUAGCACUGCAGAACUCAGAGAGGCCAUGAAAAAACUUCUGGGACAGCAGGUUGGACACAGAGAACUGGAGGAAAUACUGCGAGACAUCGACAUCAACGGAGAUGGACGUGUAGACUUUGAAGAAUUUGUGCGGAUGAUGUCUCGGUGAGUUCCUGGCUGAGAGCUAAAACGACAGCUUGGAUUCUCUGUUGGGUUUUGGAGGAAAAGAAGUGCAAGUAGUACAGAAUACUGAUGAAGCUUGAACUUCUGAAUCUGUCAAUGAAGAAGACAGCAAAAAAAAAACAAAAACAAGAAAACAUAUCAAACCCUGCCCUGAAACUGCCACGCUGAAGCACAAAUGCUGACGACUACAGUCGGGAGUAACACUGUUAAGAAUAAUAUGCUGCUGCUGUUUCCAAGAGCACAAACAAAACCAAUAGCUGCAUUUCUGACUUUUGCAAAGUAGUUUUUACAAACGUAUUUUCCUUUAACGACAACAUUUCUAAUGUUGAUGUGAUUUUUUCUCCUGACUCAAUGGGUGAAGCUGUUUUGCUCACCUACAAACUACAUGCCAUUACACUUUAAUAAUUGUAGCAAUUAAGAAGAAGCAGCAGUAUGCCAGCAAACACCCGAACUCAUACAGCACAUUCCUUUUUUUAAUGCCGAGCAUAUCUGAAGCACAAAUACAAAUGGCAAUAUAGAAACAUGUUACGUGACCCCUGUCAAGCAGCGUGUUUGUGUUUUGUGCAUACUGUUGUUUCUUUCCACCUUAUGCUGUACAUGUGUUAUGUCACUGGAGACUAUCGUGACCCAGUAUUUGUUCGGUAUAUGUUAUGUAGCACCGAUACAGUUCUCAUGACUUUAAUAACAUUAUACCUAUUUUACUGUGAUAUAUAGACUAUACAUAUAUAUUUAUGUGUGUGUCAUUGCCACUGUGCAUAAGACUGAUGGACUCUUUCAACUGCAACUUGCUAAUCUUGAAGACAGGCCUUACUUUUUAUAUAUAUGCUGUGUUUUGCUAUUUCUGAAUUACUUCCGCGAGUAUAUUCAGAAUACACAAAACAUGUUUUGACACUGAGAAAUCAUCCACGCCUGACUGUGCAAGCGUGGGAUCAACAAAGAGGUAAAUUAUAGGUGGUAAAGAGAUGGGGUUAGUGCUUUUAUUAUCAUCAGCGAGCUUUGAUAAUUUUGAGUUUCUUUGUGAGUUUUGCUGAGUGAACAAAAUAUUUGUGAAGUUAGAAAAAAUCUCACUUGGUGCAACAUUUACACUUUUACCUUUAAUACCUCAAAAUCAGUCAAACGACCAACCUCACUUUCGAACUCCCUCCUGGCACACGCUUAUCUUUAAUACACUGCACGGACAAAGCUAUUGGGCCACCUAUACACUACACCUAAAUCCCAUUUCUUAAUUCCCACUCUAACUCUGUUUGAAAUGCUGACUAUAAGUGAUAGGUAAGUUCUCUGUCUAAUUUUGCUACAGUGUUACAAAGUCAAAGGAUAAAUUUAACUGAAUUUAAUUGAAUUAAAUGCACUUGAUUGGUAUAUAUUUAGAUUAUACAAAAUAUAUUUUCCUUAAUAAUGACUUAUUUGAAUAAAUUGACCUUUGAUUUUAUAUAGUUCAGUUGCACUUUGCUCAAAAUUAUUGUUUCGUGUUUAUGAGGGUGAAGAAUCAUUUUUUGUGUGUGAUUGGUCGCGAUCUCUAUUCCACUUCAACCCAAAGGUGUUUGUCGGGGUUGAGGUCAGAGCUCUGCAAGUUCUCCCACACCAGCUAUGCCUUUAUGGACCUUGCUUCGAGUACAUUGAUGCUGGAACAAAAAAAAGGGGGCCUUACCCAAACGGUCCCCACUACGUUGGAGAAUUGUCUAAUAUGUCUUGUUAAGAUGAAGCUAUGGGCGGUCCAAUAUUUUUGUCCAUGUAGUGUACCAGCUUCCUUACCGUCAUUAUUAUUUCCAAGGAAGCAGUGGAAGCUUCUUUAUGGUAAAAUAAAAAGCCAAAGAAAGUUUACAAACAUUAUUUGUGAGUCUAAUCCAGUUUGGUAAGUAGAUGCAAUAUUUUUCAGAAAUUUGAUGCACUGAAUUACCUUUUCAAAACGACUGCGUGAAAUGCGCUUUAGUUGUUGGGACAGCUAAAUUAUUUGUAGACUGUUCAUGAAUGGAUGUGAGGGUAUAUGCAUGCUGUUUAAAAAAAGAAGAAGAAAGAGUUGUGAUUUUACUUGUUUUAACUGUGUGAAACUAUGCAUGCUAAUAAACUACUGCAACUUGUAGCAGAAUCUAAAAGAAAUAAAGAUUUUUAUUCCAAAUUGA